UUGAAGCGAGGGAGUCUGUUUCCUGAAACCGGAUCCUCACCGUUGACAGAACAGCCUCUGUCAUCGGUGCCUCUAGCCAUGGACCUGCGAGCAGAGCUUUUAAAAUCCAUCUGGUACGCCUUCACCGCCCUGGACGUGGAGAAGAGUGGCAAAGUGUCCAAGUCGCAGCUGAAAGUGCUCAGUCACAACCUGUACACGGUACUUCACAUCCCGCACGACCCGGUGGCACUGGAGGAGCAUUUCCGGGAUGACGAUGACGGGCCGGUCUCGAGCCAGGGCUACAUGCCGUACCUCAACAAAUACAUCCUGGACAAGGUGGAGGAAGGUGCUUUUGUCAAGGAGAAUUUCGAUGAACUCUGCUGGACUUUGACGGCGAAGAAGAAUUACAAGCCAGACCGAAAUGGGAACAGCGUUGUGUCCCAUCAAGAUGCCUUCAAGCUUUGGUGUCUCUUUAAUUUCCUCUCUGAAGACAAAUACCCUCUGGUCAUGGUCCCGGAUGAGGUGGAGUAUCUGCUGAAGAAAAUCUGCACCGCCAUGAACGUGGAGCUGAACAGCUGUGAGCUGGACGACUACCUCUCCCAGGAGCCCCAGCAGCAGGGUGGCCUGACGGUCUGGCAGUUCCUGGACCUGGUGAACUCAGGGCGCUUCCUGCGGGGGAUCGAGCAGGAGGCCGUGAGCAUGGCCAUUGAAGAGGUGUAUCAGGAGGUCAUUGAGGACGUGCUGAAGCAGGGUUACCUCUGGAAGAAGGGCCAGCUGAGGAGGAACUGGUCCGAGCGGUGGUUCACACUAAAGCCAAGCAGCCUUUCUUACUACAUGAGUGAGGAGCGGAAGGAGAAGAAGGGGAGCAUCGCCCUUGACAAGCACUGCUGCGUGGAGGUCCUGCCUGACCGGGAUGGGAAGCGGUGCAUGUUCUGUGUGAAAACCUCUUCCCGGACGUAUGAAAUGAGCGCCUCGGACACCAGGCAGCGGCAGGAGUGGACCCUGGCCAUCCAGACGGCGAUCCGGCUACAAGCCGAGGGUAAGAAGUCCCUGCACAAGGACCUGAAGCAGAAGCGUCGGGAGCAGCGGGAACAACGGGAGAAGCGGAAGGCCGCCAAGGAGGAGGAGAUGCAGCGCCUCAAGCAGCUGCAGGAGGAGAAGGAGAGGAAGCUGCAGGAGCUGGAGCUGCUGAAGGAGGCGCAGCGGCAAGCGGAGCUGCUGCUGCAGGAAGAGGAGCAGCGGCGCAGGCUGCAGCACGAGGAGAUGCAGAGGACCCUGGAGAUCCAGCUGCAAGAGGCCGAGCAGGCUCGGGCCUCCAUGCAGGCUGAGAUGGUCCUGAAGGAGGCUGAGGCCGAGCGCCAGCGCAAGCGGAUCGUGGAGCUGGAGGAGAUGCAGAAGCGGCUGCAGGAGGCACUGCAGCAGGAGGUGAAAGCACGCCAGGAUGAGGAAUCUGUGAGAUACGCCCAGGCCAGAUUGUUGUCUGAGGAAGAGGAGAAACUGAAGGAGCUGAUGAAGCUGAAGGAGGAGCAGGAGGAGUAUAUCAUCAAGACCCAGCGGGAAAAGCUGGUCCUCAAGCAGGAGAUGGAAAACAAAAAUAAAUACUUGGAAGAAGCCCAGAAGCAGCUGGAAGAAGUGCGAGUGAACAGGCAGCGGGUGGACCAGGAUGUCAUGGUGGCCCAGAGGAAGCUGCGACAGGCCAGCACCAAUGUCAAGCACUGGAAUGUGCAGAUGAACCGACUGAUGCACCCCAUUGGGCCGGGAGAGAAGCGUUCAACACUGAGCGGAGGGUUCCCUGGCUUCCAGCCCACGCUCCUCGCCAGGAGGGACUCGUCACUUAAGCUCAAGCAGAAACCAGAAGAUAAAAUCUGUGAUCCCGUGCCAGAAGAGAGCAAGGAAACCGUGAACAAUGGGGAAGCCAGGAGGCUCUCGCUGUCUCCUGACGCAGACACCAUGGCCACAGAACCCUCCGAAUAGCCACGGCAGCAUGGCACAGCCUGGAGCCGAACUGCGGGGCCUGGCAAGAUCAGACUAGAAGAGCGGUCGAUACGGGGAUCUGUGUGUGGAGACGAGUGCAGCGCAUAGACACAUAGG